AUGCUCCGCCCCGAUCGCUUGCAACCGGAAGCGGACAUCAGGGAGUUGGCCACGUCCCAGCGUGUCACGGCGGGGAAGUGGAUGCUUGUCCCGCGCGAAGAGGAAGUCGACUCAGUCUGGGCGGUUGUUGCGCGAGCCGUGUGGGAGGGCAAGUUGGGCACCGCGGCCAAGGUAGCGACCGCCAAGGCAGAGGAAGGGAUGAUGGUCGUUGAUGAUGAUGGCGGCGGCAGCGGCACGAGAGACAGAGGUCUCAGACUGAUAUGCAUCUACACCGGGGACUUCUCCGACCAAGCAGAUGUCAAGCGCGUGCUGCAGGCUCUGAAGGAUCUUCGGCCUGCUCAACCUCGCCGGACCCGGCGGCGCCCUCGGGCCUGA